UCCCUCACAAAAGGACUAUCCCUGCCCUCCAGCCUGCGAAACUCUAUGCAAAUCCACCCAGCACAGAGACACCAGGAAGUAAGGGCUGAAAAACACAGAGAGCCCAGAGAGCAGAAGUUCCUCCACUGAGUGGAACGGGGAGAGCGAGUGGCAGAGCUGAGGCAGCCGCACGACUGGUUUGGUGCUGCCGGGAAACUACACACUGCUCUGGGCUGGGGCCAUUCCCUAGAGGGGAGACACACAUCGGGCUUUAUCCUGGGGACGGAACGAACGACUAGUCACUAACAGACCGACCACAAAACUAUGGGAUGUAUAAAAUCGAGACAGUCCACUCCUCAAGAUGAUAUGGGGAAGAAUAAUCCAGUACGUAAAAAUGAUCGAACUAUUUAUGUGCCAGAUCCAACGGCUAAACUGCAAAGGCCAGUUUCUCGUACACCAAGCCUUUUACCUGGACAAAAAAUACUACAAGAAAUCGAAGAACAGGGGAACAUUGUGAUAGCCUUAUAUCCAUAUCAGGGAAUCCACCAAGAUGACUUGACUUUCAAAAAAGGAGAAAAACUUAAGGUCAUUGAAGAGCAUGGAGAAUGGUGGAAAGCUAAAUCUUUAUCAACCAAAAAAGAGGGUUUUAUACCAAGCAAUUAUGUGGCCCGAGUGAACACACUAGAAACAGAAGAAUGGUUUUUUAAGGACAUUACCAGAAAAGAUGCAGAAAGACAACUUUUGGCACCUGGUAACAAUCCUGGAGCUUUCCUGAUCAGAGAAAGUGAAACAUCAAAAGGCAGCUACUCACUGUCAAUUAGAGAUUAUGAUCCAAAGACUGGAGAUGUUAUCAAGCACUACAAGAUCAGGACUUUAGAUAAUGGUGGCUAUUACAUUUCUCCUAGAAUUACAUUUACUAGCAUCUGUGACAUGAUCCAGCAUUACCAAAAGCAAGCGGAUGGCCUAUGCAGGAAACUUGACAAACCGUGUUAUAGCCCUAAACCACAGAAACCUUGGGACAAAGACGCUUGGGAAAUUCCAAGGGAAUCCAUAAAGCUGGUGAAAAAGCUCGGAGCUGGUCAGUUUGGUGAAGUGUGGAUGGGAUUUUAUAACAACAGCACAAAGGUAGCAGUGAAAACUUUAAAGCCGGGGACCAUGUCUGUACAAGCAUUUAUGGAAGAGGCCAACCUCAUGAAGUCCCUUCAGCAUGACAAACUUGUAAGGCUAUAUGCUGUGGUAUCCAAAGAGGAACCUAUUUACAUUAUCACAGAAUUUAUGGCAAAGGGGAGUCUUCUAGAUUUUCUGAAGAGCGACGAAGGGGCCAAAGUAAUCCUUCCUAAAUUAAUUGACUUCUCUGCUCAGAUUGCUGAAGGCAUGGCUUAUAUAGAAAAAAAGAACUACAUCCACCGAGAUCUGAGAGCCGCUAAUGUGCUUGUUUCAGAAUCCUUAAUGUGCAAAAUUGCUGACUUUGGUCUUGCCCGAGUAAUUGAAGAUAAUGAGUACACUGCAAGGGAAGGUGCUAAGUUCCCUAUCAAAUGGACUGCGCCAGAGGCAAUUAAUUUCGGUUCAUUUACAAUAAAAUCUGAUGUGUGGUCUUUUGGCGUUCUGUUGUAUGAAAUAAUAACCACUGGAAAGAUCCCUUAUCCAGGAAUGAGCAAUUCAGAUGUGAUGACCGCCCUGCAGCGAGGCUACCGUAUGCCCCGCAUGGAAAACUGUCCCGUAGAACUGUAUGACAUCAUGAAAGAGUGCUGGAAGGAGAAGGCAGAGGAACGGCCAACAUUUGAUUAUUUACAAAGCGUUCUGGAUGAUUUCUACACAGCAACAGAGGCACAAUAUCAACAGCAGCCUUAGAGCAGGACACACAUUUCCUUGUUAUUGUACAGGGAAACAGACUGAACUGGUUAUUGCGUUCCUUUUUGUCUCUUACAGCCUGGAAAGUCUGAACAUGUUGAAAAGAUGGAAUAACACAUUCCCGUCCCCUUCACAUCAUGGCCCACUUACUGUGUAGCUUCUCUGUGUAUGUUCCUUAUGCAGUGCUGGUGCCGAAAUCCCAAGCGCUCGGAAAUAAACAGGCAUCACAGAGCACCAUAUUGUACAUGUGUGGAGUUUGUCCUACACAGCUGCUUCUUUACAUCAUUCCCACAGGGCUGACGGAAUCUGCCCAUGCCAGUUUGUAUAGUGCCAUGGCACAUUCUUGCUUAUACCAGAAAUCUCACACCCCCAAAUGCCGUGCAAUUUUGGUUCACCAUAGUAGAUGAAUGCAAACGGUAGUAUUUAUUAAACUCUGUGUCACAUGAAGCUGUUUAACAAAACUGUAGGGAGUGAAAGGUUGGAUUGCAGAGACGCUGUUUAGUAUUUUUGAACAUUUUACUUAAUGUUCAUUCACAGAAAAAAAUAGCUUUACAGAUUUUCAUCAUAUUUAUAUGUAGCCACUGAUUUAGAGUAAGGUUGUGUGAAAAAUCUGUUAUAAAUGUUAUGACAAGCAUGUAAAACCUGCAGACCUCCAGCUGCUGUGGACUAUAACUGCUGUUAUUGGAAAGCUGUGGACUAGCAGAGACUCAUGGGAAUCAUAGGCCACAACACCUGAAGAGCUGCGAGUUGGACAUUCUCUGUAAAGAAGGGGCCAAACUCUAUUGUUUGUUCAUCAUGGACGGGUCAUUAACAUUAUACCUUGUUACCAAAAUGUGUUCAUUGACAACAGUUCUGUGAUUCUUUAGCAUAAUAAUGGUUUUAUCCAACUCAGACUGAGACGGUAAGCGAAAGUGAAAAAAAAAGAAUGUGAGAUAUUUGUACUAUGAUCUUAGGGCUAAACUCAAUGGGAGCUUUUGUCAGAUGGAGUUGGAUUGACAGAACGCAUCUUACAAGUCGGAUGUAGUUGCAUGGAUCAAAAUAUAAUGGAACUGAUACAAAAAUCUGAUGUGUAAACUACAUGAAAGGAUUAUGAUCUGACACGUAAGAAGGGAACGCUGAUGGUGUCUGACACACUUUU